AUGCAGGGGAUGAUUAUUCGGAUGGGAAUUGGACGACCAAGUAAGUGAAAAGGGGUUGGUUUUAGGAAGGGAAGUACCGCAAUUUCGACGCUCAGAUUUUGAUCAAACUUAAAUUUAGAAUAAGUUUUUCUAAAAUAUCUGCGAAAAUUCUAGCUCGCGCUUUGCAGAAACAACCGAGAGGAUUUUACAUCAAAGAUGGGCGAAAAUUUAAGAUUGUUUGCCGAAUUUCCGCACGAAAAGUUUUAUGCUUAUUUCUACCGUAAAGAGUAAUGUUUCCACAAAAAAUCAAUGUUUUCCGCGAAAAACUAGGAAAGUUAUGGCCAAAAAAUGUUUUCUUUCGUUUGUUCCCUUCUCCUCUUCAGUAGGCGUACUCUCUCGGCGGCAAUAUCUCGGUAAUUUAGAUAUAACGCUUGCGAAGCGCGAGCCAAAACUUUCAGGAAUUGAUAUCGAGUCUAUGCCCGACUGUGUGCAAGAUUUAAAGAAAAUCUGAGCGUCGCACUUGGGGUACUUCCCUUGUUAAAAAUAAGUGUGUAAAGUCGGGCUGUUAGAGCUUCUCAAUACUUUUCACACAUGUUAGUCGGCCCAAAAAAUCCUUGGAAUUUUCUGCGCCUCAACUCUGGACUCUGCAUUUUUUGCGGUAGUUCGAAAAAAACGGUUUUCACUGUGCAUUCGGCCCACAAAAAACGAGUACAGUGCAAUUUAAAUUUUAUUUUUUUCUGAAAAUUCUUUUGUCAUAAAUUUUUAUCCUUCUUUGAUACUAAUACAACAGGAACCACAAGGUCUUUCUUUCUGUCCAGCUUUUCCAGAAAUUGGGCAAAUCGUUCCUCGACUUUUUUCAUAUCUCUAGGCAAGGCGUCUCGUCGUAUUUUAAUUUCCACCAGAACAUCAUUCGUUUCCUUGACGGCGAUUUUCUGCUCGCAUAAUUUGAGCUUUCCCUUUAGCGCGUUGAUGGCUAUAGUUAACUGUGUCUUCUGUGCGCGUAGCAUGUCGAUUUUACCAAUGCACCAUAUAAAUUUUUAGAGUAGGGAUAGUCGAAUAUGAAUCAAUUACAAAUAUCUAAUUAUCCUUUAUUCUCUAUCAAAUCACAUCACAUAUCACUAACAAAAUUGGCUGGAUUUAUAUAGUAUUCUAUUGGCGUUUUUUCUACAGGGUUUACAAUAUAGGAUUUUUCUGGAUUUAUCGGAAUCACUUUCGAAUUCUGAUAUUUCUAGUUUUUUUACAAGAAAGGUUAUUUUUUUUCUCUUUGCUGCAAACUACAGAAAAUUCCAGAAAGGGAAGAUAUAGACAGUCAGAUAAUUUUAGAAGGGAAAGGGAUUUUUUAUAUCUUUUAAUUUUUGACCUAAAGACUUUUUGAUAAGCCUUUUAUACCCAGCUAUUCUUCAUUCUUACCUUAAGACGCUUACGAUCCUGCUGCGUAUUGGUACCUAGAUAAAACAAAUCUCUCACAUGUUCAAUACGAACUAGCAAAGUGAGAAGUACCGAUAUUUUUUAUUUUUUUGAGACUUACCAAGUUUGAUUUUCAUGAUGGCUUUUACGUGAUGAUGCCGCAAACAUAACGAGCCUUAGAGAUUUCAAAGAUAUCUCAGUCUCUGGCGAAAGAAAUUUGAUUAUUGUGCAGUAGUAUGUUAGACAGUAAGCCAACUUACGUAGUGGUAUCGUGAAUAGAGAAUGUAGAAGAGGGUCUACUAUAAGCAAAGUCGCCAAUCACAUAAAUGAUAUGUUUAUCCGGCCAAAUUGUGAUAGAUACAAGCAAAAUUUGAAUAUUUUUUUAAUUUUUUUACAAUAAAGUAAUACAACAUAUUAUACGUUUCGAAAGAGCAACCUAAAUUUUACCCUAUCCUUUACGUAUGUUUUCCUAUUCGUGUGUGACGCUUUCAGGAAACUUUUUUUCCAUUCAAAUCCGACUGGAUGGAAGAUACUUGUACGUCUUUGAUGAGAAAUGUUUAUCCACCGACAAAUGCGGGAAUAUGUUCAAUCGACAGGUCUAUAAUCGCGCACGCUCCUCCACGGCAAAAGAUCUGGCUCUUCCGAUGCAAUUGUCCGACACGGCGAUGGGAAGUAUCAUCGAGGAUGAGAUUAGCGUGAGUUUGGAAUAA